AUUACAGGCAGAAGAGAGCUUUCAUCCGGCGGUAAAACGGUGAUGAGGAGACCGGAACAACACAAAUUUAGCGAAAGCCAACGCCGCAGAUGUGUUGGGGCCGCAGGACUGAGAAUUACCGGUCGAAUAGAAGAACUGCCCGUUAAUAAAUCCGGUCCAUGGUUAAAACCUGGGGAACCAGUAUCAGUGUACCAGGAUUGUUGCAAAGCAACACGACAAGCCGUAGCAAUACAUUCACUGGAAUCCUCCGCGUCGUAACAAACUCUCAAACAGGAAGCAGAAAAGUGCCAAAUAUGUUCAAUUCCGACAGAGAUGCUACUAAGAAUUCGAGUAAGAAUUCGUUGACGAUGUCUACCUUCAAGGUGAUGUAAUAGGGAGUCAAUUUGGCCAACAAUGGCCUGGAGUUGUAAACAACUUUCGGGGAUUUGGGAACGAACUCUCUCGAGUUGGGAGUUCAUAGAAUGGCCCAAAGUGCGUGUUACCAAUUCAGAUAAUAAAUUCCAAAGCUCAGACUCCAUCAGUCUUAAACGAUAA